CUCAUCAACAUAAAUAAAUACCACACAACCACCCUUUCUUUCCACUCUCAUCACAUUCAUCACUUGUUCAAUCAAAAACACUAUAUACUCUCAUCUCAACAACAACAACAACAACAACAACAAAAAAUCUUCUUCAUCUUCUAAAAUUUUUUUAUGUUAGUUUUAUUUUUCCAUUAUGCUAGAAAGUGGUAGUAGUGGACGUGAUUCUGGAAUGAGUUUAGAAACAGUUAAUUCCAAUACACAACGAACUUCAUUAAGCAGCGGAACUGAAAGCAUCUGCAGCACAAGUUUCAGCCGUCUCUCCUUCGAACUUCUUCCAUCAUCAUCUUCACCGGAGUCUCUCUCCAUCAAACCUCACCGUUCAUCCGAUUUCGCCUACUCCGCAAUCCGUAAAUCCGGUCUCACUUUCCGUGAUUUUCAUCUUCUCCGUCGUAUAGGCUCCGGUGACAUAGGUACAGUUUACCUCUGUCGUCUCCGUGACUCCUCCGUAAACUACCUCGACGAUGAGGAUCCUUCUUUUUACUAUGCUAUGAAGGUUGUUGAUAAAGAUGCUGUUGCUCUUAAGAAAAAAUCACACAGAGCAGAAAUGGAGAGAAAGAUUAUCAAGAUGCUUGAUCAUCCUUUUCUUCCUAGUUUAUAUGCUGAAUUUGAAGCUUCUCAUUAUUCAUGCAUUGUUAUGGAGUAUUGCUCCGGUGGAGAUUUACACUCUCUCCGUCAUCGUCACCACCGUAACCGUUUUUCUCUCUCCUCGGCAAGAUUUUACGCGGCGGAGGUACUGGUGGCAUUGGAAUACCUGCACAUGUUAGGAAUAAUCUACAGAGAUCUAAAGCCGGAAAACGUGUUAGUUAGAUCGGACGGUCACAUCAUGUUAUCUGAUUUUGAUCUAUCUCUAAUCUCUCACGCAAUCCCAGCCGUUGAAUCAUCACCAGAUUAUUCUAUUUAUGAUCGACCGGAAGUUUCUUGCACUCGUCAGCAUUCAAUUCCUACUCCAUUCAAGUGUCUCUCAAAAGGACUAUUCCGGUCUAGAAAGGUUCAAUCAUUUCAAUCAAACCGGAAUCGGCUUUUUGUAGCUGAACCGGUUGAAGCAAGAUCUUGUUCAUUCGUUGGAACACAUGAAUACGUUUCACCGGAAGUAGCUUCUGGAAACUCACACGGUAACGCUGUUGAUUGGUGGUCUUUUGGAAUAUUCAUCUACGAGAUGGUGUACGGUAGAACACCGUUUGCGGGACCAUCAAACGAAGCAACGUUGAGGAACAUUAUUAAAAAGCCACUUUGUUUUCCUACUGCUACGCCUUCUAGUGCGCUUGAAAUGCACGCGCGGGAUCUUGUAUCGGGUUUGCUUAACAAAGAUCCGAACCGGAGACUCGGGUCGAAGCGGGGUGCGGCUGAGGUUAAGAUGCAUCCCUUUUUUUUGGGGCUUAAUUUGGCCUUGAUAAGGAUGGUGACGCCGCCGGAGGUUCCUGGUUUAAGAAGGCAGAAAACGACGCCGUUGAAGAAUGGGAAUAGAAGUUCAAGUAAACAAUACCCUGCUUCGUCGUUUGAUUACUUUUGAGAAUCUAACGGUGACCGUGACCGGUUUUUGCGCCACGUGUACGGUCGGUUGGUCUAGUUUUUAAAAUAAAAAAGUGGCGGGUGACGAAUAUAAAUAUGUAAAUUUAUUCAGUAUUUAUAAAGCUUCUGUUUCUUUUUCUGUCAUUUUUUAACUAAUAAAUUAUUAUUAUUAUAUGAUUA